AUGAGCGACCUCCUGGGAUUUAUCUUGUCGCAUGAAGAUGCUUUCAGAAAGAACCGAUUACCAUCCUUAUACUCAGACUUUGCCCUACAGAAAAAUACAAACCCGGAUGGAUACGCUGUGAAUGUUGUGGCUUGGGAAAAGGCUCUUACGAACGCGGCGCGUACUGGCCACGUCACAGCCCAUAAUUUCCCAACGAAAAAACGCGAUCAUCUAGUCCUGGUUGUAGACGAGAAUCUUCUACACAGGUUGAAGUCUCCAGAAUGGGGCAGGCCAGUGGCUUUGGCCAGUGUUUUUGACGAGGCAAUUCAGAAACGGAAUAUGAUUCCUUUAGAAGUCUACAAGUCAAAUAACUUUAGCUUGUCGACCAGUCGGUGGCGGGUCCUCGAUCCCGGAGUGCUGAGCCCUUGGAGCGUCAUGAAUUGGAGCUUGAGACAGCUCAGGGGACUUGUGGUUGGGACGGAAAAUGGUUCUGGAAAGAUUCGCACUCAGAUAUUAGUGCUUGUGGAUAACCUCAAGGAGGCUGCCAAACAAGUACUGCACGUGCAAGGUGGUCAGAAAGCCUCGGCUUUGGACAGGAUAUACUCCAAAGAAAGAUUUACAGAUACUUUCAGUACUGUACUAGGAGACGACACCGAGCUUUCCGAUAAUGACAUGCAGGCACUAUUAAUUUACCUUUCACGAGAUAUCAACGCCAUAUCUUAUGAUGGAAAGACGGUCAAAUUCCACACUGGCAAUGACAAAUCCCCAAUCACUCCCGAAGAUACAACUAUAGCCCAUAUGAGGGACCUCAUCUCAACCCUAACCGAACAAGUAUCCCGGCUUGAACAGAAAAUUAAUGAACUGAAUUACAGUGCAAAAAAAGCACUCGCCAACAGAAAUCGAAUAUCCGCCCUUUCGGCCAUCAAGAAUAAAAAGAUCGCCGAACACAACCUUACCCAGCGCGCCAAUACACUGCACCAGCUAGAAGAAGUAUACAAUAAGAUCGAGCAGUCAGCAGAUCAGAUUGAGAUUGUGCGCAUUAUGCAAGCUAGCACGGGCGUUCUUCGCAAUCUACAUGCGCAGAUGGGUGGCAUCGAAACAGUCGGGGAUGUCGUUGAGAAUCUGCGGGAGGAGAUGUCCAAGGUUGACGAAGUUGGCAAUAUCAUCAAUGAGGCUGGUCCUGUCAUUGACGAAGGCGAAAUCGACGGUGAACUGGAUGCACUCGAGACCAAAGAACUACGCGAAAGAGAGGAGGCAGAAGCCAAGGCUACACGACAGAGAUUGGCGCAGCUGGAAGCCCACGAACAAGCUGCGCAGGAGGCUGCCAGAUUGGCAGAAGAGUCGAAAGCUGCAGAAACAAUGGAGGAUAUCGACUCAGAAUUGGCAAAGAGUAUUGGUCAGCUUUCGACCAUGUCGUUGAAUGACUUGAAGGCGACCGAGAGAGAAGAGAAACUAGAAACCAAACAACCUAUGCCUGCAGAGUAG